AUGUUUUGCUCUGGUGACCGGGAGAAAGGGCCAGUGGCCUUGGAGGAGCAGUGGGACUACAUUAACCUUGAUGACUUCAAGUCCGAGUCCUGCCUCUCUCCGUUUUCAUACUUUUUCCUCUACGUCUUCCUUCUGGUCUCCAUUGCCGUGUAUGGCGUGGACACCUUUACCGCCGUCAAUCUGUUGGCGUUCUCCCGAUGGGCUGGUUCAAUCGAGCCUGCGAUCCCGUUCAAGAUUUCGCGCUGGAUAUUCGCCGUGUGCAUUAUCAUCUCAUUCGCGCUGUUGGCUUACCGAUGGAUGCGUGUCAUCCGGGCGAUGCGCUCCGGAAGUAUCGCUCAAAGCUACCUCGACUCUCUCGCCGUGCGCAUUCAGAGUAUCCGCAUGGGACGCAAUGGCCGCGGAUGGAGGAGAUUCCUGGUCUUCGCAGAGCUAACCAAAAGUAAGAAGGGUGCCGAAUAUGUCGCCCUCUUUGCUUACUUUGCCUUUGAAUCCUGGAUGAGCACCAUUUUCGCCGACGGGCCACGGCAAGUGGUCAACGCCAUUACUCUCUACUCAGUGAUGCAGAUGGACUUGCUCCCCGGCGGAAAGAACACUACCGAUGAAGGCGGGUCUACAGCCUCCCAACUCUUCUAUAACAUCAAGAUGCUGGCUGAAGACAACACCGAACGCGCCGUGGUCUUGAUCGGUAUGCUAUUCACCUUGGUCAUUUGGGUGUUGUCCAUGCUCAAGUUGUUCUUGGCUGUCGUUCUCUACCUUAUCUUCCUGUUCCACCAUAUUCCUUCGGAAGAUGGCUCUUUGAAGGCUUAUUGCCGGCGAAAAAUCAACAGCCGACUCACCCGUAUCGUCCGAAAGAAGGUCAACAAAGCCCUGGCCAAAGGCGUCGUUUUGCAAGACCGGAAGCCCACCAAUCCGAACCUUGGCUUGGACAAGCGGCCUACUUUGCCCUCGGUUGGUGUGGCUGAUGAUGACAAGACACCCAUCGUCACGACGAUCUCACGCACUACGACGCAGACCACGCUGCCAGCCUAUUCCUCACGCCCUGGGACAGCUGCUCUAGAGCGCAAACCUACUCUUCCGGAUGUCGGGGCUUUCAGUGAUAAGCCAUUGACAAGAACCAUGACCGAAUCGUCGGCAUACUCUGAUGCAGUCUCGUUGUCGGGCAGCACCGCGGUUUCAACGUACAGCCCGCUCGACCGACAUGGCACCGCGCCGCCAGUGCCGCCCCUCCCCAAUCAAGGCCCUGCCCCGAUGCCACGCGCUCAGACGCCAAGGAUUCGACAGAACUUGAACCAAGCUCCAGGUCCGGGAUACAAUAGCCCGAUGGAGCGGUCAUCACCGGCGCCGUCAAUGCCACAUACCCAAACCCCGGUCUCACGUUCGGAGUUGACCCCAGCACCUCGUCUGCCUGGCCAGAUGCCGGGGCCGGUCCCGCGGUUGCAGACUCCAGUGUCGCGGCAAGGGUUCACCCCGGCGUCUCAAGGACCUGGAUACAGAUACGGUCCGGUCGAUCGGGCGUCGCCAGCGCCACAGAUGCCGCGCAUGCAAACUCCCGUGUCCAACUUUGCUUCUGCACCUGGUUACGGCCCGGUCGAUCGUGCUUCCCCGGCACCAGACAUGUGGCGCAACCAGACUCCCGUGUCGCGGUCUAACUUCACCCCAGCCCCUCCUGCGCACACGCCAGGCCGUAUACCAUCGCCCGGAUCAGGAGGCCCUACCGAAGGGUAUAACCCGUUCGGUUCUCACGGUCCUUCGGCAGGCACUCCCUUCCGGCCCUACAGCCCGGCGGUUGAUCCAAACACUCGAUCUCUGACCCCCGGAUCUGUCUAUCCGACUGAGGGGGUACCUGAUCGAACGUUCUCACCCCUCGGCCAGUCUCACGGGCUCCCGUAUCCUCCGCAUGAGAAUGAAUAUCCUCUGCGAUCGCUGAAUUCGUCGAGUCCCGGUGAUCUUCGCUCUCCAGCUGUUCCCGACGGUGUGGUGGAAAGGACGAUGUCACCGGGCGGCUAUGUAGCAUUCAAUCCAGCUGCCAGGAGCCCACCAAUGCCAUUUAAUGAGGAGGCAGUUCCGGAGCCAGAUGAAUAUGCCUAUGGACAUGCUGAAUCCUCAUUCAACCCACAUGAAGCGUCCCAUGGUGACUACGUUGCGUUCAACCCUUCAGCCGGAUCACCUGUAUCUUCGAACUUUAACCAUGCUUCCUCGUUCAAUGAGCGUUAUGGUGAGGGGUAUAUUGAUAACUUCCAGGAUACCGGCAUGAGGUCUGUCUCUUCUGAAUCAGGCGAACCGGCCUCAGCUUCACAUAACUACCUUGCUUUCAACCCUUCGAGCAGCGUAUCGCAUAUGGAGCCCACGGAGCCUCACGUACUGUCUGCAGAUCACGACGACAAUCCCGCUGCCGAUUCUUCAGAGAGCUUGGCUCCAAGGCCUGUUUCGGAUAUUCCGCAUGACGAACCAGAGUUUCACGAAUAUGUUGCUUUCAACCCUUCGGCUAGGAGACCCACCGAAUCCGACGUCUCUAUGCCCUCGGAUGGACAUCUUGAGAGUGCGGUACAAGUACAUGGAUCGGACGCUAGACCUGUCUCCCCGCUGAACUCGGGCGAGUCGCCAGAAAGAAUGCGAUCGCCAGAAGCAAACCACCUGCCACAGGAGAACCAAUACGCACAGGCUAACCAUGCCUACGUUGCUUUCAAUCCUGCAGUCAACUCGCCGGUGCAGACCGAGCCUGAGCAUGAACUGUCAAACGCACACACCGAACCAGCGGCCACCACCGAGAACCCCUUCGCCAGCUCUGCCGAUGUGGAGGAGACAAGACCGUCAAAUGGCUAUGUGGCUUUCAGUCCGUCCGUGAGGUCUCCCAUGACACCCACAGCUCCGAAUGCAGCGUUCCAUGAGCACAACAUGGCAUCACCGCCGCGGACAAUGUCCCCUCGCGACAACAUCCCGCCUGUGCAACCGUACCGUCCGGACCACCAAUUUUAG